CUCUCUUCUCUUCUUCUUCCCAUCUUCAUCUUCCAUUCCAUCAAUCUUACAUUCCCAGCUUUAAGCUUAUCCUCACAUUCCUACCCCAGGAAUUCUCCGCAUCUUCAGUCAGGCAUAGAUCUCUCGCUAGAUCUAUCUUGCACUACCUUUUCUCUACGAGAAAGACUUCCCCGUGAAAAGUCUUUUCUUGUCUCAUCUUCCGAGUUGUUAUUUUUAACAGUUCGGGAGAGAUUCGAGAAAAGACGCUCAAAGGACAGCCAACCUGGACUUUGACGCCCGCGUCCCCAUCCCCUUCAGUGUCUUCCCGUCGUCGUACCGGAGUGACGCUGUUCCUGAGACUACUCUUGCCACCGAGAGAGUAGAGGGAGAAGUCAACCUCGUUAGCACUUCGCACGUCGAACGGGAAGAUACUCGAACCUCUGCCCCUCUCCCCGACCCAAAAGUCUACGGAAAGGAAGAAGUCGAUCUUCACGUCGAACGUCGUUCUGACCGCCGAGGUGACAACUGGACCGUUGUCGACGAACGUGUGCAGGAAAACCGCUAUCCCCAGGUAGAACUCGCUCGUGAACGCUACCGCGAACAAUCCGCUCCUGCUCCUGCUUCUGCAUCCCUCUACCAGGACUACUACCAAGAGAAGCAACAAACCUACGAUAAGACUCUUGAGAGCCAGCUCGACAGAACUGAGCACGAGUACCGCCGUCGUUACCAGCCAACCUACGACGUUCACUCCUCCUACAGCCGCUCCCAAGCUCCUGUAGAGUCACUCGAAGGUCCUCGCCAGCACACCUCUGACGUCUCUAGCCGCUCUUCUGGGCCUAACGUCGUCAGUUACGAUCGCGAAUACAAGGCUUCAACCCUCGACAUUCCUAGCGGGAACUCUUACACCAACCGUCAGGUCAGUGUAGAGAGUGUCAAGGACCCGGCUCCUACUAGCAACAAGGUCAAGGUUUUCAAGACCACUACAGUAGUAGAUCACCCCAAGGCUCGCAAGAUGGGUUACUACGACGACGACGUUCGUUACCGUGACGGCGUCAAGGAGAAUGUUCGCAUCGUCGAGCCCCGCGGCGCUGCUGCUACUACCUCCGAGACGGUUCCGAUCCCUACCCACUUUAUCCGCGUCGGCGACAUUCUUGUCCUCCAAGGCCGUCCUUGCCAGGUCAUCCGCAUCUCCAGCUCCCCCAUGACUGACCAGCGCCGCUACACUGGUGUUGACCUCUUCACUCGCGAGCUCCACGAGGAGUCUAGCUUCGUCUCCAACCCUAAGCCCUCGGUGGUGGUCCAGACCAUGCUCGGCCCGGUCUACAAGACAUACCGCAUCCUUGACAUUCAGGAGGGUACCAUUGUCGCUCUCACUGAGUCUGGCGACGUCAAGAGCGGUAUCCCCGUGAUUCCUCAGGGCAACCUUUACCAGCGCAUCAAGGACGCCUUCCUCGAGGGCCGUGGCUCCGUCCGCGCUCUGGUUAUUAACGACGGUGGCCGUGAGCUCGUUGUUGACUACAAGAUCAUCCACUCUUCCCGUCUAUAAGCUGUCUACAGGGGUUCUCUAAAACGACCUAGUCUGCUUGAAUGAUGGGACGGCAUCAGCAAUGAAGUCACCCGCAUUUGUUUGUUUGGUUGAUUUUCUUUUGUUCUCACGAGUACGAUCAUUGAUGACUUGAAGGACCUAAAGCAAGCUGUGUAUCUGUUGGAAAUUUAUAUUAUGCAUGAUGGAAUGCCCUGUUUGGAAAAACGUUGGAACUUUAUACUUGUAUCAUGGGCUUCUUCUUGUAUGUAGCAAACGUAAUGAAGUGUAGAUUGUUUUUCUACUUGAACUAUACUCAUUUUACUUUUUU